ACAUCACUCACCACCAGCUCCUCCUUCGACGAUCUUCUUCUCCGGCUUGAUCUUCUCUCGUUUCUAGAUCUCCGACGAUCGGAAUAUCCAAUCCGAUCGAUUAAUUCCGUCACUCUUACAAAAACCGAAAGAAAAAAAACCAUGGCGUUUGAGAAGAUCAAGGUGGCAAAUCCCAUCGUCGAAAUGGAUGGUGAUGAAAUGACUAGGGUUAUCUGGAAGUCUAUCAAGGAUAAGCUUAUUACCCCUUUUGUGGAGUUGGAUAUCAAGUACUUUGAUCUUGGUCUUCCUCAUCGUGAUGCUACGGAUGACAAAGUUACUGUUGAAAGUGCUGAAGCCACUAAGAAGUACAAUGUGGCGAUCAAGUGUGCCACCAUCACUCCAGAUGAAGGCCGUGUCACGGAAUUUGGCUUGAAGCAGAUGUGGAGAAGUCCAAAUGGGACCAUCAGGAAUAUCCUGAAUGGAACUGUAUUUAGAGAACCAAUUAUCUGCAAAAAUGUUCCCAAGCUUGUCCCAGGCUGGACAAAGCCGAUUUGCAUUGGUAGGCAUGCUUUUGGUGAUCAGUAUCGUGCCACUGAUGCUGUAAUCAUGGGACCAGGAAAACUGACCAUGACCUUUGAGGGAAAAGAUGGAAAAACUGAAACCGAAGUCUUUACAUUUACUGGUGAAGGUGGUGUUGCUAUGGCAAUGUACAACACUGAUGAGUCCAUCCGUGCUUUUGCUGAUGCAUCGAUGAACACUGCUUAUGAGAAAAAGUGGCCACUUUAUCUUAGCACAAAGAAUACCAUUCUUAAGAAAUACGAUGGCAGAUUCAAAGACAUCUUCCAAGAAGUCUAUGAAGCCAGCUGGAAGUCAAAGUAUGAGGCUGCUGGAAUCUGGUAUGAACACCGUCUCAUUGAUGAUAUGGUGGCCUACGCUCUUAAGAGUGAGGGAGGCUAUGUGUGGGCAUGCAAAAACUAUGAUGGUGAUGUCCAAAGUGAUUUCUUGGCACAAGGAUUCGGGUCACUUGGAUUGAUGACAUCUGUUCUGGUCUGCCCAGAUGGAAAGACGAUUGAAGCUGAAGCCGCCCAUGGAACUGUCACCCGUCACUUCAGGGUUCAUCAGAAAGGUGGUGAGACCAGCACAAACAGCAUAGCCUCCAUUUUUGCUUGGACUCGUGGACUUGCACACAGGGCUAAGUUAGAUGACAACGCAAAACUCUUGGAUUUCACUGAGAAGCUCGAAGCCGCUUGUGUUGGGACAGUGGAGUCAGGGAAAAUGACCAAAGAUCUUGCACUCAUCAUUCACGGCUCAAAGCUUUCGAGGGACACUUACCUGAACACAGAGGAGUUCAUCGAUGCUGUCGCUGCUGAGCUCAAAGCAAGACUCCAAGCUUAAGAAACUGAAGAAAUUUGGUAAAAUUCGAACGUCUGAGUCUCUUAUCUGGUUGGUGGGGUUGGUUGGGAUCAGGAGGAAUAAAAAAUGUAACUUUGG